UCCUCUCCCGCGAAACGUGCAUCAACGUCAAUCCAACCUGGAACGGCACCGUUUGGCCUCAACAUUCCAUUUCAACCCCCGCACAACCUGUCCUUGACCCAAAACUGAAGGGGAAAAGGCCCCUCUUCUUCUUCCCUCUCCAGUCCUUCUCAGUCCACCCUCCGAUUUCACUUCGAUUUUGUCGAGAAGAAUCUCAGCUCCAUUUCAGAGCAACACACAUAUUUAUAUACCCGCAUACACACAUAUUGAUGGAUCGGAGGAGACCUGCGAGUCCGGUGUACUCGCGGCAGUGGAGCGGAGGUUCGAGCAGCCCGGGGUCUUCUCCGGCGAUGUCUCCGGCGCACCCUCACUCUCGUCUUAAUCCGUCCGUCACCGGAAUCUCCACUGUCAAGCGAAAUCAAAACGUCGCUGCCAAAGCAGCGGCACAGCGGCUGGCUCAGGUCAUGGCUUCUCGGGCCACCGGCGAUGACGACGACGACGACGACGAUCUCGGGUUUCGGUUUGCUCAGCCGCCUCAUGCACCUUCUUCUCUGUCCGGCAAUGGUUUUAAUAACGGUGCAAAGGCUCUUCCUGCGAUUUCGGUGACUCGGCCUAAUAGAUCUCCGUCUCCUGCGUUAGGUCGGAACUUUGUAGAGCAUACAACCUCAGUUCGUUCCACAUCAGCAGGAAGACCCUCUAUGUCGGUUCGUUCAUCGACGGUAGUGCCACCCAGCAAAUCCUCGGUUAGAACUCCAGUAGCCAUACCUCCAAUUGAUCCUCCUUCUAAUAGAAACAGAGAUAAAAGGUUUAUGCCAGAUAUUGGACAGUUCAACUCAAUAGCCCCAGGAGAUGAGCGUGAAGCUUCUGACCUUCGUGAUCGACUUGAUAUGCUACAAGAAGAUCAUGAGAUUGCACUUGAGAAGCUUCGCCUUGCUGAAGAAAGACAUGCGCAAGCAGAGGCCAGAGCUAAGGAGCUUGAGAAACAGGUUGCUAACCUUGGAGAAGGUGUAAGCAUGGAAGCUAAAUUGUUAAGCAGGAAGGAAGCAGCUUUGCGUUCAAGAGAGGCUGCUCUCAUCGCUGCGAAACAGAACAAGGAUGGGAAAGAUGAGGAAAUUGCAACUCUUCGUUCAGAAAUUGAGAACUUAAAAGAUGGUGCUGCAGCAGCGGUCGAGCAUCUCCGAGAAGCAGAAUCUGAAGCAAAGUCUCUUCGCUCAAAGACACAAAGAAUGAUUUUAACGCAAGAAGAGAUGGAGGAAGUUGUUCUGAAGAGAUGUUGGCUUGCUCGCUAUUGGGGUUUAGCAGUGCAGUAUGGCAUAUGCGCAGAUAUAGCCUUGUCGAAGCAUGAGCAUUGGUCAUCUUUAGCUCCUCUUCCGUUUGAAGUUGUCAUUUCUGCUGGACAAAAGGCAAAGGAAGAUUCUUGGGAUAGAGGUAGUGACGACCCAGAUAGAAGUAAGAUAGUUCGGGAUUUAAGCGACCUCACUGGCGAAGGAAAUAUUGAGAGUAUGCUUUCAGUGGAGAUGGGUUUGAGGGAAUUAGCUUCUCUAAAGGUUGAGGAUGCUGUUGCGCUUGCAUUGGCCCAACAUAGACGUCCAAAUUCUGUUCGGCAGUCUGGUUUAGAGUUGUGCAAGGUUUUUGUUAAGGACUGGAGCGGAAAGAAUUUCACAACAAUGCUUACCGUCUCGUUGUUUGAAUUUCAGAUUCCAAAUCACCUGGUGACCCAAAAUUUAUGGAGGCAUUUGAUCUUAGUGAAGAAGAGGUUGAAGAUAUUUCUUUCAAAGUGGCUUGGCUCACUUACUUUUGGAGAAGAGCUAAAGAACAUGGUGUGGAGGAGGACAUCGGCGAAGACAGGCUUCAUCUUUGGAUAAGCCGCGGUGCACAGACACCAACUUGCCACGAUGCCGUGGAUGUGGAGCGUGGUUUAUAUGAGCUGAGGAAGCUGGGGAUAGAACAGCAACUUUGGGAAGCAUCCCGUAAGGAGAUCGAUCAGCCCAUCUCAGUUUCUAGUAAUCAUAAAUCUGCUGCAGAUUUUGACACCUCUUCAUGAUAGAUGCUGCCUUCAGAUUGUUGCUUACAUUAUAUAUCAAUUCUUUUUUUCUUUUUUAUACUCCAUUUCUUUACAUGAAAUUCUAGUGCAAACUCUAGAAUCUCUCUCUCUUCUCUCUCUCUGUGUCUGAAGAACUAGAAUCCGCUGUAUAAUUAAAGUGAGCUGGGAUUGUAUUACAGAUAUCACUCCAUUUUUUCGUGUAAUCAAAUCCACUUCUUUUUCUCCUUGUGAGGGUUUGCAAA